AUGACGGCCGGGUGGCGUGUGGCCCCCUCGCUGUUGAUAGCCUCUCUUCUCGCCGCGCCGCUCUUGAUAGCGUAUCGCCGCUCCCCAUCACGGAUCUACCGAGCGUUCCGGCAGCAGUUUUACGCGAGCCUGCUCGCCAUCGGCCUCGGAAGCAUCACCGCGGGCGCCUACUUUGACGCCAUCGUUUUCGAUGGGUGCCGGCUGCCGCCCCACUUUGCGUGCCUGGCGAUUGCCGUGCUCGGCUCUCUCAUCGGCUUUGCCUCCUCGCUUGUGCUGCUGCAGCUCCCCUUGGGGUCAUCUGGACUCCGUCAGAGCCUGCCCUCUGCGCAGCGGCAGCGGUGCUUGCUCUUCCUCUCGCUAGCAUACGUUUCGGUGGCGUUCCUGAUGGUCGCGCUCCCCUUCCUUUGGAUGUGGAGCGGAGACAACUCCGCCCGCUGGGACAGCGCCGGCAGCGUCGGCGCUCCGCCUCCUCUCCUCGCUCGGUCGCGCGCCGGGCCGCACAUCGUGAGCGUGAUGCGCUUUAGAUCGUGCCACUGGGUUGACCCACAGGAGGCAGCGUCGGUUGCCAUCGCGAUGCCGGACGACGACGAGAGGGAGAGGCGCGACGGCGAGUCGGGCUCCAAGGCAACGAGGCGACCGCCCUUGCCGCACGCACUGCUCCGUCUGUGGGGCGGCGGCCUGGGCCGCUGGUCGCACGCCGGCACCCGCGGCGGCGAGGGCUGGCUCCCGCCGCCACCGCCACCACCGACCCCCGCCACGCCGCCCGCCCGCCACAGAGCUGGCCCCCGUGGCGUCUCCGCGGGGGCUGUUGGCGCGAGCAUUGGCGGCGCCGUCAAUUUUGCGUAG